GCGCGUCUGCUGAGCGGGUGGGCGGGGGCGAGAGCGGGCGGCAGAGCGCGGGCGGCGGAGGCGGCGCCGAGGCCAGGCCCAGGCCGAGGCCCAGGCCCAGGCCCAGGCAGGCGGGAGGCGGUUGAAGAUGGCGGAUCAGGCGGCGCUCGCCCUGGAGCCCAGCGCAGGCGGCGCAGGUCCCGCGGAGCCCGGCGGGGAGCCGCUCAGCAAGCGGCAGCGCAGGGACGGACCGGGCCAGGGCCCGGGGGCGGAGCGGGCUGUCGGGGCGGGGAGCCCGGGCCCGGAGGCGGCGGCCGCCCCACUCGGAGAGGCCUCGGAGGCAGCCGCCCCCGGCGGGGACAAUGGGCCCGGCCCGCGGAGCCAGCGGGGCCUGCCCCGGGAGCCGCCGCCCGCGCCGCCGGACGACGACGACGACGACGAGGAGGAGGACGACGACGAGGAGGAGGAGGAAGAGGGGGGCGAGGACGAGGACGAGGCGGCGGCGGCGAUUGGCUACCGAGAAAAUCUCUUCAGUGAUGAAACUCUUGCCAAUGGCUUUCAUUCCUGUGAUAGUGAUGAGGAUGACCGUGCCUCUCACGCAAGCUCCAGUGACUGGACUCCCAGACCUCGAACAGGUCCUUACACUUUUGUGCAGCAGCAUCUCAUGAUUGGCACAGAUCCUCGGACGAUCCUGAAGGAUCUGCUGCCAGAAACAAUCCCACCACCUGAGCUAGAUGAUAUGACUCUCUGGCAGAUUGUUAUCAACAUCCUUUCAGAACCACCAAAAAGGAAAAAGAGAAAAGAUAUUAAUACAAUUGAGGAUGCUGUGAAGUUAUUGCAGGAGUGCAAAAAGAUCAUUGUUCUCACUGGAGCUGGGGUAUCUGUUUCCUGUGGAAUACCUGACUUCAGAUCAAGAGAUGGUAUUUAUGCCCGCCUGGCAGUAGAUUUCCCCGACCUCCCUGAUCCUCAGGCAAUGUUUGACAUUGAAUAUUUCAGAAAGGAUCCAAGACCAUUUUUCAAGUUUGCAAAGGAAAUCUAUCCUGGGCAAUUCCAGCCAUCUCUCUGCCAUAAAUUUAUAGCCUUGUCCGAUAAAGAAGGAAAACUACUUCGAAACUACACUCAGAACAUAGAUACACUGGAACAAGUUGCAGGGAUUCAGAGGAUAAUUCAGUGUCAUGGUUCCUUUGCAACAGCUUCUUGCUUGAUUUGUAAAUACAAGGUGGAUUCUGAAGCUGUACGUGAAGAUAUUUUUAAUCAGGUGGUUCCUCGAUGUCCCCGGUGUCCUGCUGACGAGCCACUUGCCAUCAUGAAGCCAGAGAUUGUGUUCUUUGGGGAAAACUUACCAGAGCAGUUUCACAGAGCCAUGAAGUAUGACAAGGAUGAAGUCGAUCUCCUCAUUGUUAUUGGGUCUUCCCUGAAAGUAAGACCAGUAGCGCUGAUUCCGAGUUCCAUACCCCACGAAGUGCCUCAAAUCCUGAUUAACCGGGAACCUCUGCCUCACCUGCACUUUGACGUCGAGCUUCUGGGGGACUGUGACGUCAUCAUCAACGAGCUCUGCCAGCGGCUCGGCGGCGAGUACGCCCGGCUCUGCUCCAACCCGACGAGGCUUUCGGAGAUCACGGAAAAGCCUCCACGACCGCAGAGGGAGCUGGGCGCCCGCUGGGGAGCGCUGCCGCCCACGCCGCUCCACGUUUCCGAAGACUCUAGUUCCCCCGGCAGAACUUCCCCGCCAGACUCUUGGGCAGGUGAGAGGAGAGCCGGGGAGGCCGACGAUGGGGCCGCAUCACGGGGGAGCUGCAGAGCGGACAAGCCGCCACCGGAGGUUCACCCUGCGAGCAUCACGGAGCAGCUGGAGGAUGCCGGAGCCAACGGUGGGGAGAAAAACGAAAGAACUAACGUCGUGGAAACCCUGAGGAAGUGCUGGCCUAACAGGCUCGCCAAAGAGCAGAUCAGUAAGCGGCUUGAUGGUAACCAGUACCUCUUUUUACCGCCAAAUCGCUAUAUUUUUCAUGGCGCCGAGGUGUACUCAGACUCUGAAGACGACGUCCUGUCCUCCAGCUCUUGUGGCAGCAACAGUGACAGCGGCACCUGCCGGAGCCCCAGCCUAGAGGAGCCCAUGGAGGACGAGAGCGAGAUGGAAGAAUUCUACAACGGCCUGGAGGAGGCCGACGGUCCCGAGAGAGGCGGCCCUGCGUGCGCGUGCGACAAAGAGGACCAGCGCGCCGUCGGCGAAGCCGCGUCCAUCACGGACGAGGCCGCUGCGAUCGACCAUCCGUCCAGCAGGUUAUAAUGCCGUCUCACCUGGGGACGGGAACUUUUCCACCAGCAUUAGGAACGUUGGCAUGUCAGAAUGUUUACUUCUGAACUGGAGAGCGAGGAAGACCGCGAGGGUGUGGCGUUUAGAGAUGGUGAAAGCAGAUUUUCAUGUCUAAUUUUUACUUUUUCAGUAAUUCUAUAACUGUACACUCAACACUAACUUUUUUAAAAGAAAGGUAAGGUACUAAGUAUCUUUAGUCAGCUGUUAGUCACUAUGCUCACUUUUUUCCAAGAUUCAUUUUGUGUGAUAAUGCAUCUGUAUGUAUAUAUAGUUUGUUUGGAUUUUUUUUUCGGGGUGGAAAGGGGGUGCCUAGUGAAUUUCAGCAUUUUAAAGUUUUCCAAAAGCCAUUGGAUGUUAAAUUAAUAUAAAGGGAACAGCUAAUCUAGACCAAAGACUGGUAUUUUUCUCACCUUUUUUCUUUCUAACAUUUUGAAUGGUUGUUUCACACCUUCGUGCUUUCUGUUUCUGAAUUUUUUAUUCAACAAAGCAGCCCCCUUUUACCCCCCCCUCAAAAACACUGGCAUUUUCAAAGACUCGAGUGGCAGCUACCUUUAAUUUUGGUCUCAAAAACAUGUAAUGUGAGUAAAUAGAAGUUGACGAUACCUGGGGGGGGCACCACAAGGCCUGCGGAUGGGUCGGCACUAUCUGUGGCUCAGGAAGCCAACGUGGAAGACUUUGGCUAAAUGCUUCCAAAAUGUUUCAGUGAGGCGCCCGUUCGGUGUAAAUGCCCAUCGCUGGGGUGCAGCUUGCAUUGGCCCUUUCCCACAAACGUUCAACUGCCAAGAUGUGACUAUGCCAGGCUUUUCUUGAAUCUGCAAUAAUGGUACUUCUUCCAUGUUCUCAUAGCCACACUAGAAUUCCAUAUGUUCAAUUUAUUCUUUUUUUGACUGUUUUCGCUUUCCAAAUACCACAGGAGAGUGACAGGAAGCUGAUUAGAAUUCCAAAGUAAUGCAAGUCAGUGCGUACCCACACGCACACACUCUGCCAGAAAGUGUGCCUCUUGGAGGCCAUACACGUGUUACCUCCUCUUCUAGAGGAUUCAGAAUAUAAUAAAAAUGCCAAUCGCUAGUCUAGCAUGACGGAGCACUUGCCAUGGCACAGAGGGUCAUAGCAGCAGAGCCAGUGAAUGGAACUGGUUCCUCUAAUGUAGCUUUGUGUAAAAUGUAAUGUAGCCUGCCUUAAAACUCCAUCUCCAUUCCUCCGCUACAGAUUUUCCAGCUUUCUGAAGUUCAUAUUUUGUAAAAUUGCACAAUAAAGCAUUUAUUUUCCAAACCACUUUUUCAACAUGACCCAAAAACUACAGAUUAUUCAUACUUUGCUUUAAUAUUUAUUACAGUGUUUAGUAAGGGUUUUGAAAUUGUAGCUGUUCUUUAAGCAUAAGACACUGAUCCGGACCAUAACUGCCAGAGACGGAAAGUGGCGUUUCAGAGAGGAUGUUGUGCUCAUCUCAAAGAUGUCGGCAUGUUGUCUUGAAGUCUAAAUUCUAAGAGAUCUCAGGCCUUGGUUCCUUGAAAGAAUGCAGUAUGUUUCAUUUUCAUUUGCAUGAUACGAUGUGUUUGUGCUAUAGAUGAUAUUUUAAAUGGAAAGAUUUCUGUUUUAAAUUAUUUUUACAGUGAGGAUUGUUUUCAGCUCUUUUUAUAUUGUAUAUAUAGUGUCUUUUAUGUAAUCUACCGGCAUAUGUUUUGUAGACUGUUUAAAAUGACUGGCUCCCUGCAACUUUUGAAAUACAAAACCAGUGUUUUAUACUUGUACACUCUGUUAAAGUCUAUUAAAAUGGUCAUUUGACUUUUUCUUUCUGUUAAA